AUGGGAAAUUCUCAAGAUCUAUCUUACGAUCUACCUUUGGAUUUAUCGGAACUUACCCCUCCAGUAGCCCAAAUUCUACAAUCUGCAAACUUCCCUCAAUUCUAUUCAACUACUAUAAUACACCAAUCUCCAGCAGAUCUCCACGCAUCUAUCGAAGCCCUUAAUAACUCUACAAAACAUCUCAAGCAAUCUAAUCAACAUCUUAAAGAAGCUAUUGCUGCUGCUGAUAAUGACAAUGACAAUGACAAUGACCCAGAUCUUUCACAAAAUGAACGAAAUGAAUAUCUGCAGUAUAUCAAAGAUAAUGAGCACGUCAUAGCUGCCAAUGAGUACCGAGUGGACAUUAUCAGCCGUUUGAUUAAACGCAAGGCAGGAACAAUAUAG